UAGGUUAGAAACGAUUGUGUAAUGUCAAAUUGUAAACAUCACUUUUCGCAGUACCGACCAAAAGUUUCACAAUAUUUUCACUUAAAUAAAUUGUAUCGAAAGUGAAUGUGUGCAUUACCGGUAUUUAGAAAGAAAAUAAUAUAAGUAUGGCGAAGUAUUUGGCGCAGAUCAUUGUACUUGGCGGGCAAGCUAUUGGACGUGCAUUUGCGAAAGCGUUAAAGCAAGAGAUAGCGGCAUCACAGGAGGCAGCACGUCGUGGUGGUGGUGGUCAACAGGGUGAGAAGCGAGCAGAGGCUAAUGCGCGUACUGGCAUGACAUUGGAAGAGGCCAAACAGAUUCUGAAUGUGGACGAUUUGAAGGAUCUUGAGAAAAUUAUUAAAAACUAUGAACACUUGUUUGCAGUAAAUGAAAAAGCGAAAGGCGGUUCAUUCUAUCUGCAAUCAAAAGUUUUACGUGCAAAGGAACGUAUUGAUCACGAACUAAAACAAAAAAUGGAUGCGGCACGGUCAAAACAAAGUGAAACGUGAUGAGGUACAAAGGCUUUGUGAUGAAAAUACUAAUCAAUUGCGCAUAAUUGUUUAUGUCUAUAAAUAGGUUAAUUUUUCUAGAAUUAAUUUAACGUAAGCGGUAAACGAAAAUAUUCGAAAUUGCGAAGAACGAAAAUACAAAUGACCCUCGUAACAAAGAUGAACAAAAGCAGGAGAUCAAUGUGCUUUCAGGCCACUUUAUAAAUUGAUCAAAGGCCUUGUAAAUAAGAACAUGGUAGUUAAGACACUGAAGAAAUAUGGAUUUAUUUUAAUAUUUUGCAAUUAAGUAGCUGGAAGACUUUAGGUUUAUAAAAGUUCCUUUGUACAGUUUAUAGAUCGGCUGGUUAUCAGAGUCUCCUGCUUUUCAAACUGAAAAUAUAAAUGAACUUGCUACUUCAACAACAGAAAAAAAUAUGUAUAUAAACAUAUAUAUACAAAUAUAUAUUAAUAAACAAAAUGCUAUGAAGAAAAAUAUUUGAAAAUUAAUUUUAUAGGUGUUGUGGGAGGGGAAGAUGAUAAUUUUGUCUUUGUUAUUAUCCUAAAUAAUUUUUAUAGUAAAUAUUGCUUACAUUUAAAAUCAACGUCUACAGAAAAUAUCAAAAACUAAUAAUUGAUAAUUAAAAAAUAAAUUUAAUAGUUGAAAGAUUAUUAAAUUUGAUUUAGAUUUAUGUGCAUUUAUCGAUACCGAUACCAAUUUUACCCAAUUGCGUUUAAGCAAAUGCAACACUGUAAAUACGUACAGAAAACAUUUACCAAAAAUGAUAACAAAAUAAAAUUGGUUGAAACAAAAGUGGGCAAACCAAUUGUGCAAAUAUUAUUUAAAAAAAUUAGUAAUUAUUUUGCUUAAUAAAAUUUUUAAAAAGUUUCGUAAAUUUAAACACAGCUAGGAAGUGAAUGCAUUUUUGAAAACGUCAAAACUGAUGAGAAAUUCCAGCACAAAGUACACGUACAAAGAUUCAUUUCCUUUCACCCACCACCAGUGGGAGCAAAAGAACAGAUUCCUAUUUAGAAACGUUAUCGUUCUGCAUGAAUUGAUGCGCAGACAUUCCAACUGACAGUUUUCAGAGGACCUUCGCCGAAGUUGGAAGCACUACUUGAAAAGUCUCUAAAGUCAGAUAUUUUCUCAAAUAUAGCUAAAUAUUGAGCCAGAAAUCAGCAUUGUAAAGCAGUGGCCAAAAGCAUACCUAACAUUACAGUUCAGCCAUCCUAUAUACUAUAGUGCGCGUUUCUUGAACGUACUUGCAUGUAAUA